AUGUCUGCACUUUCUCUAGCACCACGAUGGGUGCUGCGCCCAUCAGCGAUCUCAAUCGCCAGAGCAACCUUCACACCCGCUGGCCGGAUUGCCCGUCUGCACCAACAGGGCCCAUCACGAUCAGCUGUGGUCCACGAGCAGGCACUUCCUCAAAGCCAAACACAGGUCCCACAACCUACCCCACCGCAACAUAAUGAGGUCGCAAGCCUCGACGCCCUAAUCUCCAAAAUGCCUGUCGUCCAAUCCCUCCGCCAAUCGCAAACCUACAAGGAGUCACGCCCGCACCUCGCCAUUCCCCCUGCAAUUCGGCAACACCAUCUCGUCGGUGGGAGUCUGGUGGGCCAGGGCAAGCUAGCAUUUACACCGUAUAUGUGGACUUCGUCGCAGACGGCCAGCAGUGGUGAAUCGAAAAUCCAGACGAAGGCGGUUUCGGUGUUCCAUAUUGGCCAGGAUCUGUGCGGACAUCCGGGCUUUGUGCAUGGCGGUUUGCUCACCGUGCUUUUUGAUGAGGUCUUUGCUAGAUGUAUUUCUGCUGCAUUUCCUAGCGGGCUUGGAAUGACGGCGAACUUGAAUGUUGAUUUUAGGAAGCCUGCGAUACCGGAUCGCAUGUAUGUGUUGCGGGCUGAGACUACUAAGGUUGAAGGGCGCAAGGCUUGGGUUGAGGGACGGAUGUUCUGUCUUCCGUUGGCUUUGCCUUUGUCUCAUGGUGCGCCUGCUCUCGUGUCGGAUACGAGCUUGUUGAGCGAAGAUAGCGAGGGGGCAGUUAUGGUUGCUGAGUCGAAGGCUUUGUUUGUGGAGCCUAAGUUUGCAGACUCUAUGGUGUCCGUCUACCGCACCUGA